AUGUCAGACGGUGAAACGGGUCAUUCAAAUCGAGUUGCAUUACUCGUUUUCUUGAUUCUGAUCGCAGGAAGCGUGGCUGCUGGAGAUUCAAUACUAGAGACUGAUAAGCUAGUACUGCUCGAACUGAAAUCAUUUCUCGAAGAACAAAAUCUUAUAAAUCGUGGAAAUUACUCAGAAUGGAAUCCACAGGACUCAACUCCAUGCGCAUGGCCUGGAAUUUCCUGCGAUGUCAAUGGCACCCGUGUCACCAGAAUAGACCUUUCCGACAAUGAUAUAGCUGGAGAUAUAUUCGGAAACUUCUCUGGCUUGACCGCACUCACCUACCUUGAUCUCUCCAAAAACACGCUUGGGGGGGCUAUUCCAGGCGAUUUAGGCCAGUGCCAGAACCUGAAGUUUUUGAACUUGUCACACAACAUCAUUGAUGGCGAGCUCAACUUGACUGGAUUCAACAGCUUGGAAGUUCUUGACCUAUCCCUCAAUAGGAUUGGUGGCGAAAUUCAGUCAACUUUACCGGAAAUUUGCAACAGUUUGGUGGUUGCAAAUCUUUCCACCAAUAAUUUCACUGGUGUGAUUGGAAAUUCCUUUGAUCAUUGCAGGAAUUUGCAGUAUCUCGAUCUCAGCUCAAACAACUUGAGUGGAGAUUUAUGGUUUGGCUUUGGAAGGCUAAAAGAGUUCUCUGUUUCUGAGAACAAGUUAGAUGGGAAUGUCUCUGCAGGGAUUUUCACUUCGAAUUGCAGUUUGCAAAGUCUGGACCUGUCGGGAAAUUCUUUCUUUGGAGAAUUUCCAAAGGAGAUUUCAAAUUGUAAGCAACUGGUGGAGUUGAAUUUGUGGGGAAACAAUUUUACGGGGCCAAUUCCAAAAGACAUCGGAUCAAUUUUGAGUCUCCAAGAACUUCUCUUAGGUAGCAACAAAUUUUCAAGUAAAAUACCCGAGUCCCUGCUGGGUUUGAGCAACUUGACCAUUUUGGAUCUAAGCAACAACAAUUUUGGAGGAGAUAUACAAGAAAUUUUUGGGCAAUUUACGCAGGUGAAAUUUCUUUUAUUGCAUUCCAAUUCGUAUACCGGGGGGUUGCAUUCAUCUGGAAUUCUAAAGUUACCCAACAUUUAUCGGCUGGACUUGAGUUACAACCAAUUCUCUGGUCCGCUACCAGCUGAAAUUUCCCAGAUGGUGAGCUUGAAGUUUUUGGUUCUUGCCCACAAUCAAUUUGCAGGGAAUAUACCUUCAGAUUAUGGAAAUUUGCAUGGACUCCAAGCCCUUGAUCUCUCCUACAACAAGCUAAACGGGUCGAUACCAUCCAGUUUUGGAAAUUUAAACUCCCUUCUGUGGUUGAUGCUUGCAAACAAUUCGUUGACUGGCGAAAUCCCUCCAGAGCUGGGGAAUUGUAGUAGCUUGUUGUGGUUAAAUCUUGAAAACAACCUACUUUCCGGGCCAAUUCCACCUACGUUGACAAACAUUGGCGUGAACGCAACACAAACGUUCCUCUUCAAUCGGAAUAAUGAGAUGACUGCCGGUUCAGGGGAGUGCUUGACAAUGAAGAGGUGGAUACCUGCUGAUUACCCUCCUUUUAGUUUUGUGUAUACAAUCCUUACAAGGAAGAGUUGUAAAAGCCUAUGGGACCGGUUACUCAAAGGCUAUGGCCUAUUUCCGGUGUGUAUCCCCGGCACAAAUAUUCGAACGUUUCAGGUGUCAGGUUAUGUUCAACUUUGCAGUAAUCAGAUGUCAGGUGAGGUCCCUCCUGACAUUGGAAAGAUGAAGAAUUUCAGCAUGCUCCACUUGGGUAUCAAUGGCUUCAAUGGUACACUUCCGCCGGGAAUUGAACUAAUGCCACUUGUAGUCCUAAACCUUACCCACAACAAGUUUUCUGGUGAAUUGCCAAUGGGAAUUGGCACCAUAAAGUGUUUGCAAAACCUCGAUUUGUCAUAUAACAAUUUUUCUGGUGCAUUCCCUACUAGCUUGAAUAACUUGGGUGAUCUGAACAAGUUCAACAUUUCUUACAAUCCGUAUGUCUCUGGCGUAAUACCAUCAACAGGGCAGCUGUCCACAUUUGAAAAAUGGUCAUUCCUUGGUGAUCCACUAUUGCGCCUUCCAUCUUUCAUAGACAACACCACAGGUAAUCAGCCGGCAAACAAGAAAGAGAAAUCAGACAAGCCCCCAAAACUCGGUGCAUUUUUGGUUUUCUUUGCUCUAUUACUUGCUUUCUUGGUAUGUGGAGCCAUGACACUCGUAGUCUGCCUUGUGAUGAAAAGCCCCGUAGAGAUACCAGGAUAUCUCUUGGAGGAAACAAAGGGCCUGAAAGACUUUGCGUCAAGCUCAGGUGCAUCCUCACCAUGGUUGUCAGACACCAUUAAAGUCAUCCGAUUGGACAAAACAGCAUUCACACAUGCUGACAUCUUGAAUGCUACAGGGAACUUUUUGGAAGAUAGAAUUAUCGGGAGGGGAGGAUCUGGAACAGUAUAUCGAGGGUUAUUGCCUGAUGGGAGAGAAGUAGCAGUGAAGAAGCUGCAAAGAGAGGGUGUAGAGGGGGAAAGAGAGUUUCGAGCUGAAAUGGAAGUUCUAAGUGGCAAUGGCUUUGGUUGGCCACAUCCAAACCUUGUAACACUCUACGGAUGGUGCCUUGAUGGGUCAGAGAAAUUGUUGGUUUACGAGUACAUGGAAGGGGGGAGCUUAGAGGAUUUGGUUUCAGAUCGAACACGACUCACAUGGAGGAGGCGUAUUGAUGUAGCAGUAGAUGUAGCCCGUGCCUUGGUCUUCUUACACCAUGAAUGCUUCCCUGCUAUUGUGCAUAGAGAUGUCAAGGCUAGCAAUGUCCUUCUUGAUAAGAGCGGGAAGGCACGUGUUACAGAUUUUGGUCUUGCUAGAGUUGUUGAUGCUGGAGGUAGUCACGUGAGCACAAUGGUUGCUGGAACAGUUGGUUAUGUUGCUCCAGAAUAUGGACAGACAUGGCAAGCCACUACAAAAGGUGAUGUGUACAGCUAUGGGGUGCUAGCCAUGGAGCUAGCAACUGGGAGGCGAGCUGUAGAUGGAGGAGAGGAGUGUCUAGUUGAAUGGGCCAGAAGGGUCAUAGGAGAUGGACGAUAUGGAUAUAAUCGAGCCAUAAUACCUGUGGCACUUUUGGUUUCUGGGCUAGCAGAGGGGGCAGAGCAGAUGUGUGAAUUACUUCGGAUUGGAAUAAGGUGUACAGCAGAGGCACCCCAGAGUAGACCAAACAUGAAGGAGGUGCUGGAUUUGUUGAUUCGGAUUUCUGGAAGGCAAAGGGUUUCGGGUUACAGCUCUUCUCCUCCCUCAUCAUAAUGGAGGUCUGGAAUCAGGAAUGAAGAAGUGUCCAUAUAAAUAUUUCAUAAAGUCUACUUUAGCACACACACUUAGACAUCUUUCUGUGAUUCUUCUUGUAAACAGCCAUUUUACAUUCAUUAUAUUGAAGUUCUCAAUUUUGGUCACAUUGUAUAGGAACACUCUUCCGCACUUCUAACUUUUCAAUCAAGC